AAAGCUUAAUCAUAUCUAAAGUAGUAAAUUAAUAUAAAUUAAGUAAAGAAGGCAAUUAAGAUUCAACAACCGAAUUUGAUACAUUUUAAAACAGAGGUGAAGAUACAACUGAAGGUGUCACACAAUAUGGCUCAACCUCAAGUAAAGUCGGUAGUUGCUGCGGAGGAAGCUAACAAAAACUUAAUUAUAGUAACUGGAUUUGGACCAUUUGUUGGACAUGAAGACGUGAAUGCCAGUUGGGAAGCUGUACGUCUUUUGCCAGAUGAGCUUACUUGGCAUGGUCACCAUUAUAAGCUAGAGAAACUGGAGGUACCUGUUGAGUAUGAUGCUGUGGACAAAGCCGUCGAAGAAAUAUGGUCACAUAAGCCACAACUUGUUAUUCAUUGUGGCGUUCAUGGUAGUGCAAGUUGCAUUCAUGUAGAGAAAUUGGCUUAUAAUCAUAAAUUCACACGACCGGACUAUGCGCGCCAGCGUUUACCAAAGUCUACAGCAUGUUUAUUGAAUUGUAGCACCAAUAUGAAUGAUAAUCAUACCUUACAUUGUGGCUUAGAUGUGGAUAAAAUUGUUGAAGUGGUUGCUGCAUCAUGUGAGUGUACGCCAACUGCUACAGACGAAGCCAUACAAAGUAGCGUGAAUGUAGAACCAGAAGCAUUUACCGUACUUCAAAGUUCAGAUGAUGUCGGCAAUUAUUUGUGUGGAUACAUAUAUCUAAAAUCUCUUGAUAGAAAUAGGAAUCGCACUUUAUUCUUACAUGUACCACCUAUAAAUUGUCCAUUCACAUCAGAAGAGACGAAGGAGGUGGUGUUGCGAAUAAUUGAAGAAUGUAUUAGACAAGUUACGGAGAACGAAAAAGUAGAUUGUUGAAUUAUAUGAAUAUUCUUCUUAUGCAUUUGUGUCUUACGAUUUUAUCAAGAAGAUGAAAUUGAAAAUGUUUUUGCUUUAUAUAACGUAACAAAGUAUUACAACUAACGAACUAAUAUGUAUGUUUUAACAACUUUAUAAAAUAACCGUAAAUAAUAUAA